GAAAAGCUGAACGACUCACGCAGCCCAGCCAGGAGCCGCCAGAUUGUUGUAGAAAUUAGACAACACUCGCAGACCUCUGAAGUCCUCUGAAGCUAGCUACAAAUCUUUUUAGCUGGCAUGGAAAUCGAUGAAGCAACUUUUGUUACCUUGAUCAACCCCAACCAGUUCCCUGCUAAGUUGUGGCGUUUGGUGAACGAUCCUCAGAUUCGCUCAAUCUGGUGGGACACCAGCGGGGAAGGAAUACUUGUCCAUCAGCAAGCCUUCGAAGCUGAAGUGCUGUUGUCCCAACCCAGGCAUUUGUCUGAGUACUUCAGAACAACGGACUUCGUCAGUUUCAUUCGCCAGCUGAACCUGUACGGUUUCAGAAAAGAACGCACAGACCGUGACGUCUCAGACAAGCAACCCAACGUCUCAUCCAUUAAGGCCCAGCUGCACCACUUUCACAACCCGUUCUUCAAACGGGAUAAGCCUGAGCUUCUAGUCAAACUAAAGCGACUCACGCCUCUCAACAAGGCCAAGCUCGCCGGGAGAGAGGUGACCAGCAGGAAAUCAAAACAUUUCCAUCAUGGGAUGCUGAAUUCGCCACAGGAAACCUCUGGCUUAAAGAAAACAGCGUAUCAGCGCUGUAGCCCAGACGUCUUGGAUUCAAAAGUGCCAUGCUUUCAACAACCAGCUGCUUCCUACUCUCCUUGUGGCUAUUACCCUGGCCACUCAGUCAGAUACGUUCAUCCGAUUGAUCAGGAUCCAUACUGGAAAGCAGGUGAUGUUCCAGAGUCCAGGACGAGUGACAUGAAAGACAAAGAGAAAGUGGACCUGGACACUAUAUUCAAACUGGCGGAUGAAAUACAGGCUGAAGUUGAAGUUGCCGCAGGGACCAGUUACCUGAUAAGACAGCUUUACUAGGGAGCGAAUUUUAUUUCGAGUGUGAUGACUGGAAAUGUUGCCUUUAAUCCUUUUCCUGACAAUGAUUCACAUGACAGCAACAUGAGUUGAUUAUUAUCACUUUCCAGGUAUAUUCCUUUGAUACGAUAUAACAGAAAAUAGGUAGCAAAUGAUCCUUAAUGAUCAGUACAUUUCAGAGGUCUAAACUCCCUGAAAGAUUACGAGGUAUUUUUGAUGAACGUUUUGAACUUCUCUAGAGCGGUGUAGCUUGGUGUGAUUUGCUGUUCUGUAGAACACAUACACAAAAAAGUAUGAAAUGUUUUAAAUUUGUAUGUAGUAUGGCUGUCUGAGGUGUUUAUUAUUCCGUGGUUAUGGAGACACAUUUAAGCCAGAUCUAUUGUAAAUCCUAUAGUCCGAACAAUUCUGGAUCCUUUUGAAUAUCGUGCAUUCUUGCAUUGGCACCAGGACACGCUUCCGCUGUGUUUUGGUUCUGAAUGAGAGGAUGUAUAAAUCUAGUGUUUAUAAGAGUAUCUUAAAACUAUGUGAGGCAUGAGGAUGUUUAACAUUCCAUAUUUCUCCUACUGUAUUUGAGCGUCUUUGGGGAUUUUUAAUAUUUUUUUUCUCCAACCCCCCGGUGUUUUUGUUUACUGAAGUAAGAUGCAAAGGUAACUAUAUUUAGAGUUCCAUGUUCAUCCCCUGUAGCUCUUCGCUCUGUAGGUACUCCUCUAAAGAGAUAAGCUUGCCGUGAUGGUUGUCACUGCAAGUCAGAUAGCUUUAAUAGACCUUUGGUGAAAAACGUUGCAUGCAGUUACGGCUCUUUCUUUAGAGAGUUACAGCUCUUGAUUGUAUGUUUUGUGUUUUUUCAUUGUUUCUUUCUGUAAUAAUAAUGAUGAUAAUGUAUCCGUGUAGUCCUGUACAUGCAAUACAAAGCACUUGGGUGAAUUCUAGCUUCUAAUGAAUGACCUAAACUCCAACUUCCAGCACAUUUUAAUACGUUCAGUGCUCCGAGACAUCUCGUACAUCUUGCCAGUUAAUGAUCAGCUUUAGUACGUGUGAUCCUGUAGAGAUUUUUUCCAAUCACACCGGAAGCCACAAUCUUUUACAAAAAAAAAAACAUACACAUUUAUUUCAAAGCAUUCCAGUAAUUUAUCUUGAUGCCAGCUCUUGGAGCUCUCUGGAGGUAAAGAAGGACCUAUUAUUGGCAGCUUGGCCGCGUUCACGUGCCUUGCUAAUAUGGGAUGUCCACAUCUGUGCCCAAAUCAAUUUACCUCAUUUACCUCAGUUUACCUCAUCAAAGCUUUUAUUAUUUUGUUUUUUGCACUCUUUCAGACCCCUCUAUUUAUUGGUGUAUAAAUAAGAGUUUUGUUUUGAAUGCAAGGAGGAAGUGAAAUUGACAAAAUUUUUAUAAAUAAAUAGGUUUGUUCAGUUCAGUGGUGUUGUUAUCAUUGUGUCAAAUGCAGAAGUAAAACAAUACAUAAAUAUUGGUUCUGCACAUCGGUUAUUGGUCGAUCUGUAAUCUGGAGAGAUUCUGUAUGGAGGAAUGUUCUCAGAUCCCUUGCCAUGUAUUCUCCAACCUCAUCAGGCAUUAUAGAAGACUCAGAGCUGUUAUCUUGGCA